GACCCAUGGCUGCUGGUACAUGUCUGUGGGCAAUUGCCUCCCUCCAUCGGGUGUAGGGCAGAGCGGGCGAUUGUUGCAAAUGUGAAAAAGGAACCUCGUAUAUGGAAAAUGGUGGUUCUUGUUCCCUGUUUCCUCUUCGCUUUAUUGUGUCGGACACCGAAGCAAAAGCGCACUAAGCCAGCUUUUCCAGCCCUUUUGGCCACCCACCCAGUCUGACCAUUAGCUCGCCUUUUUUUUUUUUUGCUUUCUGGCUCUUGGCGAUGUAUGUGUCGCUUGUUUCGCUGUCCUAUCCGGCGGGAUCACCGCUAUUUUUAAUUUGACUUGUUCCUUUUGGUGGUCGCUGCAUACUGUUUUUCUUCUUUUCAAAGCUCCGUUGCCAUUUUCUACUCUUUUUCCCUGUCCUUGUCCCCUCCUUGUUUGACGCGCCUUCCACCAGCCCUCCGUGCUAACUCCCCUUUCACUGAUAUGCCUUUUUGCGACGGGCUAAUGGUAGCAACCACCGCGGCGACAGCAACAGCGACGAAUAUGAGCCAGGCUGCAAUGUCGGCAUCGAAGACAGCAGGCCGCGCGUCGUCCAGCGGCAGACGGAAGCCCAAGAGCAACUUUUUCGGCCCGUACCUGCUACUGCAGACUAUUGGCGAGGGCGAGUUUGCCAAGGUCAAGCUGGCCCUGCACAGAGACACUGGCGAGGAGGUCGCUGUCAAGCUCAUUAAGAAGGAGAGCAUCGACACAGAAGUGAAGCUGUCCAAAAUCAAGCGGGAGAUUGCUGCACUCAAGGCGGCCAACCAUCCGUAUAUCGUACGGCUGUGCGACAUUAUCGAGACCGAAAAGUACAUUGGGAUUGUCAUCGAAUACGCGUCAGGCGGCGAGCUGUUUGACCACAUUUUGGCGCAUCGCCAGCUGAAGGAGCAGGACGCAUGCCGUCUGUUCUCGCAGCUCAUUGCUGGCGUCAGCUACUUGCAUGCAAAGCAUAUUGUCCACCGCGACCUCAAACUUGAGAACCUGUUGCUCGACCGUAACCGCAACAUUAAGAUCACGGAUUUCGGGUUCGCGAACCAGUUCAAAGGCCCUGGCGAUGACCUGAUGUCUACGAGCUGCGGCUCGCCGUGCUACGCUGCGCCUGAGCUGGUGGUUUCGGAUGGCCCGUACGUGGGCACAGCGGUCGAUAUCUGGUCGUGCGGUGUGAUUCUGUACGCAAUGCUUGCAGGGUAUCUGCCAUUCGAUGACGACCCCUCCAACCCCGACGGCGACAACAUCAACCAGCUGUACAAGUACAUUCUGUCCACGCCGCUUGUGUUCCCCGAGCACGUCAGCGCCUUGGCUCGUGACCUGCUGCGGCGCAUGCUUGUUCCCAACCCAGCAAAGCGCGCAAAUUUAGAGGAAAUCAAGGCGCACGAGUGGCUACGGCCCGGGCAGAGCUACUUCCGCGGGCCAGCUUUCGAGGAGGUGUCGGCAGCGGGCAACACUGGCGCCAACAAUGGCCGCGAUGCCGACGCACCGCAGGUUGUGCCUGGGAACACCAGCAAGAACACGCCGGCAGUGCCUGACCUCGAGGCCAAGCAGUCGAAGCGGCACACCAUCCAGGUCGACUACGCAGCGCUGCCAGCCCAUAUCACGCAGGGCGACCACGACAUCGCCGAUGAGAUGCCGCAGGAGUCUGCGCCAACGCCGGAGAUGGUUGCCGCGGUCAUGAAGAUGGCUCAGGGCGGCCUGUCAUCUGCGUCGUCGAUCGAAGGGGGCGUGUCGCAGAAGAGCGGCAAGUCAAAGUCCUCCAAGGUGCGCCCCGUCACCAUGGGUCCCGACCAGUAUGGCCCCGGCACUAACCGUGAUUCAGGCGUAUCGAUGGUUGGCCAGCGCAGCCGCAGCAACAGCGCGAGCCCCGCCCACACGUCCAGCCGUCCUGGAACCAGCGCUGGCGACAGCCUUCACAAUGGCUCACACCGUGGCCGGUCUCGCAUCCCUGAGAUCCCGCCCAUCCUGCCUAUCAACAGCACCACUGGCGAAGAACUCGGCAUUGGCAUUGGUGCCGGUAUCGCAUCGCACGUCCCGCGCCACGUCGAGGAUGUGCUGUUCCCCGACAGCCCGACCACCGUCCAGUCGCCGCGCCCCCCUACCACCAACAGCCGGGCAGCCCGUGUCAAGAGCUGGUUUAACCGCCGCGCAUCGCGCCGUAUUGGCGGUGUACACGGCUUCGACCAGCCGCUGUCGAUUGGCUCAGUCCUGUCGUCCGAGAAGCGCGAGCAGCCCGAGAUCCUGCAGCACAUGCGUGUGCACCGUGGUGUCAUCGACCCGGAUGCGCUGAGCGAGCUGCCGCCCGACGUGCUGUUUUCGCAUGUGCUCAGCACCCUCGACGAGCUGGGCUUUACUGUCCUCAAGACCGAGGGCCUCAAGAUCCGCGUCCUGCGCCCGCGUCGCCAGGCGGCAAUUGCAGCUCUGCCGCCGCUAGAGGACGCACCGGCGCACACACGUACCUCAUCAACCUUUGUACCUGGACUACGCGCGCGCAACGGCGGACCGGCUGAGGGACCGCGUCGCAGCUCAGUGCCGGUCGUGUCGCCCCUGAGCGAUGACAGACCCGAGUGGACCAUGGCCAACAAGCGUGCGACGAUCAUGGCGCCGGGCCAGCUGGAUCGCGAGUCGCGGCACAACUUUGCGCGCUCAGACAAGUCCAGGCGGUCGUCGCGCACGCUGGGCCAGGCGCUGACAUCUGUGCGGCGGUUCUUUGGCGGCUCGGGUAUCAAAUCCAAGCGCUGGCUCUCGUCUAUCUCCCAUUCAACCAAGGACGCUGCUGAUCCAGCCGCUGAUUCGCAGGCGAAGACUGGCCGUCCGCGCAGCGGAUCCACCGCGUCAGCCUCAAAGGGCCUGGGUAUCACUGUCAGUGCUGGGAGUGAAUCGCCUCACCGCCGGUCCAUGUCUGAGUCGUCGCCGUAUCUGAGCGCGGCGGUCAUCCGCGACCAGGUUAACGGGGCAGCGCCCAACAGCUUGUCGGUGGUCCCCGAGGACUGCGAGGCGCCGCCGACACCAAUCGAGGCGACCUUGAGCGGUCUGUCACACCAGGCGCAGAUCCCGUCGUCGCCGUUCUCGCAUACUGCGUCAUUCGCAUCCGGUGCUAACACACCGUUCACCAAUCCGUUCCAGCCCGAGCCAACGGCACCAUACGGGUCAUCGCAGGUGGACAACGGCGAGGAGGUGCAGCUGGCUGUCGAGGUGUGCAAGAUCAAGAACCUGAACAACUUCUUCAUUGUGCAUCUGUCCAGGCGCAAGGGCAACGUGUGGGCGUACAAGCACUUGUACCAUCUGAUCAUGGAGCGCCUGGCGCUGCGGUCCAACGAUCACCAGCAUUUUGGCAACCAGCAGACGGGGGCGCGGUCGGCGUACCAGAAGCAGCGCCAGUCCAUGGCCAUUGCUGCCGUCUAGCUAUA